UCGCCCCGCGCCCCCAUGGCUCCGCUGGCCGAGGUGGGCGGCUUCCUGGGCGGCCUGGACGGCCUGGGGCAGCCGGUGGGUGCCCACUUCUUGCUGCCGCCCGCCGGGGAGCGCCCGGCGCUGCUCGGGGACCGGCGCGCCCCGGCGGAGCGGGCGGCCCGCGGCGGCGCGGCAGCGGCGGCAGCAGCGGCGGCGGACCUGGCGCACUUGCAGGGCAUCCUGCGGCGGCGGCAGCUGUACUGCCGCACCGGCUUCCACCUGCAGAUCCUGCCCGACGGCAGCGUGCGCGGCACCCGCCAGGACCACAGUCUCUUCGGUAUUCUUGAAUUCAUCAGUGUGGCAGUGGGACUGGUCAGUAUUAGAGGUGUGGACAGUGGCCUUUACCUUGGAAUGAAUGAGAAAGGAGAACUCUAUGGCUCUGAGAAACUAACUUCUGAAUGCAUCUUCAGGGAACAGUUUGAGGAAAACUGGUACAACACUUACUCAUCCAAUGUGUACAAACAUGAAGAUUCGGGGCGGCGAUACUUUGUAGCACUUAACAAAGAUGGUACUCCCAGAGAUGGGACAAGGUCCAAAAGACACCAGAAAUUCACACAUUUCUUGCCCCGGCCUGUGGAUCCUGAAAGAGUUCCAGAACUGUAUAAAGAUGUGUUAGGAUACAGCUGAAGAAGGAAGCAGCUUUGGAAAAAACCCAAACUGGAGCUGUUGCCCCUGCUUUCCUGGCAAUGCAAGCCUGAGGGACCUGCAGAGGUCUAGGAUGUUGGAUGCAAAGAAGCUACUUUGUGAAGGCAAGCCUCUGUUUUCUAACCUUUGGAUUUAGGAGACAAAGCCUUAAAGCUGAGAGUGGAUCAACCUCCUUGAAACUUGUGAUUUGUUUGGUAGCCAGUAACCAGAGGGAAGUGUGACUUUUUUAAAAAUAACAAACUCUUGGAAAUUUUGUCUGGAUUAUCUGUAGUCUGUAGAUUAGCAAAGAACUGCCUACAUCCUAUGAAUGACACAACGGCAGGAAGAAACAGAAAGAAAUGUACUGUAAAAUAUAAAUCCUGAGAACUGUAUAUGAAGUUUUACUGGCUCCGCUUUAGUGAUGGACGUUAGAUGUCAAUACAUCGUAGUCAGAGCUGGAACUUUUCUCCAGGAUGGACCUAUUUAUACAUCUCCAGAUAGCAUAUAUUUAUUUUAUAUAUUUAUUUAUUAAAGAGUUUAUUUUUUACUGGGAUAUGAAGAGAAUACAACCCCUAACCCCAAUGAGAAAUCAUUUACAGUGCCAAUAUUUACUCUGAAUAGAGUCAUGAUACAGAAGUGACAUUACAUAGAAAAGCAUUCAAAAUCUGAACAUUCAUAUUUCAUUGCUUAUCAGUUACAGAUAAGUUUAUAUUUUAUGCACAUACCAUUGCCUUGUAACUGUCUUUAUUUGGAAAAGAAUGUUUAAUUUUCUUUACCAAUGAAGAGUGCCUUACAGAUCUGUAUGAAAUUCAA